AUGACGUCUCCACACGAGAUUGACGAACGAAGCCUAGAAAGCUCGUCGAUUACGAAAGGAUCUCCCGGGUCAGGAAACUACUCCUCGAAGACCGAUGAGCCUGGUUCGACGAAGACCUAUCAAGCUCAUUCGGGCGGAUCAGGCUCAUCUCUCACUUCUUCUCCUGACAACAGAAACCUCGACGACAAAGUACAUGCCAGAGUCUGCAGGACUGCAGACGACAAGGAAUUUGUUCCGGCUGACGCCAUCGAAAGUUUGACCUCUAGGUAUAUCGUUGAGAGACAGCUCAAAGCAAUUGUCGGAGCUGAGCGAUCGGAAUCCCUCACCGACUACGUGAUGAAUCCAAAGCAGCCUGCCAAGCGAGUUUUCCUCACCCUGGUGGUUUGCGAUGAUCUCAAGCGACUCCAGGCUCUCGCGGACGCUCCAGAGAGGUUUCGUGACAACGACUUGCCAGUGGAAGUCUUGACUAAUCCUAGCGAUCCCACCGGCACUGCAUGCUAUGACAUCCGCAGCAUUAAGAGCGGCAGGAUCUGGCCCGAGUUUUCAAGCACAAAAAAGCAACCUCUCAGCAAUUUCUCUCACCAUCAAUGGCUGUUCCUUGCGCCUAUCUUCACGGGAGAUUCAUUUCUCCACAAGCUUCAUUCUGACUGCCCCCUUCCCAUAGUCCAGAAAAUCAACCAUCAGAAGACGGGAUUCUUCAGCACGGUUUUCGAAGUGGUGGUACAUGAUGCACAUCAAAAGGUACUGCCAGUAGUCGAAGGCAAGAAGAUUCGUGUCGCCUCCAAGGAGAUGAGAAUUGGGAUGGAUUCGUAUUAUGAGAAAGAAGCAGAAAUUUUGGAAACCAUACGCAACAUUGACAGUCCGCAUCUCAUCAAGCCUUUGGCUGCCUAUCGAAGAGGCGAUCUCAGAGGUUUUCUCUUCCCAUGGGGAGAGGGCGGCAAUCUCAAGGAACUUUGGGGCAAUCAAGAAAGAAUGCCACAUGUGCCUGUCAAGGAUCCUAAACAUGUACUUUGGGUUCUUCGGCAAUUGCAGGGGAUCUGCGGGUCCAUCAGUUCCUUGCACGAAAGGAAUUGUCGACAUGGAGAUCUGAAGCCCGAGAACAUCCUUCACUUCCUCGAGAGUGACGAAAGGGGCAUUCUCAGGGUUGCUGACGUCGGGCUUGCCAGAUUUCACAUUGAGGCUACACGCGAUCGGAAACAGGUAUCGAAUACUAUGACGGGCACCGUUCGCUAUGAGCCUCCAGAAUUUGGUCAUACUAAACAAAUCUCGCGACUCUACGAUGUGUGGUCACUGGGCUGUGUCUUUCUUGAAUUCCUGAUCUGGGUUCUCUACGGCAACAGCAAAUUGAGAGCCUUCAACAGGGCCAGCAUCGAAGAAAAGUUCUGGAGCAAGGACGUGGACGGCUACCAUCAGCACCGAGAGGUUAAGAGAUGGAUUUUUAACAUGUCCAAAGACCUCAAGCGAGCUGACAUCGCCUCCAAUUCGGCUCUCAAAGACGUACUGAAACUGAUUGACUUGAAUAUGCUAGUACCCGAACUGGAAGGUCGGACAAGUUCCACAGAACUGUACAAAAGGUUGAGCACUAUCUUUCAGCAAGCUCAAGUACGAGAAGAGUAUCUCAUGGACUCUUCUCUAUGGGAUCGCAUAUGCACAAAUGCCGUACCCGCCGAGAACAAAAGCUCUACCCUAGAAGUUCCUCGCCAACGACCUGCCCCAAGUCGGGCAACCCCAAGUCGUGGUAUAGAGUCCGAACAUCCUGAGCGCACACCACACUCUCUCAUGACGGAAACUCCCAUGAUCGUUGAACCCAGUGCCGAAACAGGCGGCAUUAUGGUGCAAGUCCCAACUCCAAAUGCUCAAGAAAACAUGCCUCAACUCGCCAAACUUCGAGAUGUAUGGGAGUUGAAGAGUGAUAGUAAUUUUGCCAACGAGUUCUAUCGUAAAUCCUCAUCGCCCCCAAUAGCCCUGCAACGGUCCAUUCUUUGCAGGACUUGCACAAGCUACGAUAUUUGGACUCCCAUGUUUCUCAUUAGUGAGCGACUUGGAGACCUCAGAUCUAGAUCUCAGACUUGCGAGUUAUGCGCUCUCUUAGUUCAGAGUGUCGAGUCACAUGAGAUGAACGAUGACGAUCAAUUUAAAUGUCGAAGAAAAGGCUCGUCACUGAAGAUGGAACCGGAUGGCCCCGUCGUCUUGACUCUCUAUGUCGCCCCAGGCGAUAGACCGGCACCUCCGCAUGCACAGAGAGGCUAUCCUAAUCUGCCGGUAACCAGUUCUCCUCAGCAGUUCGCUCUGCUUAACGAGUGGCUACGUGUGUGUAACGAGCAACACAACCAUGGCAUCGAUAACCUUACGGAGUUACCCACUCGUGUCCUUGAUGUUGGUACAAAUACAGACUCUACCAUUCGUCUCUGCGAUGGGAAGUCUCUUCCUCAUGAACGCUACAUUGCCCUCAGCCAUUGCUGGGGAGUGAACUCCCAAGCUCAAGUUCGCACCCUGAAGGAGAAUAUCGAUGUGUUCCGUAUGCACAUUGACUUUGGCAUUCUCCCCAAGAGUUUUCAAGACGCUGUAACAGUUUCAAGGGCUUUAGGCGUACAGUACCUCUGGAUUGACUCGCUCUGCAUCAUUCAGAACGACAAACAAGACUGGGCGUUUGAGGCCACCCGCAUGGAACAUGUCUUCAGUUCUGCUUACUGCACUAUAGCGGCCACUGCGGCAUCCUCAUCAGCUGAGGGAUUUUUGCGUCAAAAGUCAAAACAUUCAUUUGUAACCCUGGCAGGAUCAGACGGCGGCUUCACCUUCGUGCGCAAGGUGAUCGACGACUUCCACCACGAUGUCGAGCAAGCUGUGUUGAACCAGCGCGGCUGGGUGUUGCAAGAACGAGCACUGUCGCGUCGAACAUUGCAUUUUACAGCAACUCAAGUAUACUGGGAAUGUGGCAAAGGCGUUCAUUGCGAGAGUUUGAUGAGACUUGCAAAUCGCCAAGCGGCCCUCCUUGGGGACUCGAACUUCCCUGAAUCGGCCUUGGAGUUGUUCAAGGGAGGCCGGAUAAGAACUUUCCAAACUCUAUACCAAAUGUACUCGCGACUCGCAUUCACAGUGCCAAGCGAUCGAUCCAUUGGCAUCAAGGGUCUUGAAGAGAGACUAGUCAAAAAUUUCGAAACGAAAGGAGGAUUUGGAAUAUUUGAAGCAUACUUGCAAAGAAGCCUUCUCUGGCAGAAAGCUCCCGGUACGUCACUGGACAGGAUCCUGUAUCCUCCAGAUAGGCGAGUCCCUUCCUGGUCUUGGAUGGCAUAUCGGGGCCCAAUAGCUUAUCUUGAAGCUCCGUUCGAGCACAUUAACUGGACCGGUGACAUCGCCACACCCUUCAAUACAAAUAGCGGGAAGAAGACUCAUUGGGAAGUCGCUGAUGGAAGUGAGAUUCCCCUACUCCGUGGAUCCGCGAGCCGCUUCAGCCUGGAUGCGAUCGAACUUCGCAAGAGAGUCAGGUUCGACGAGUCAAUGGAUCACAGUGCGGAUAGAUUAUGGUGCAUAGUGAUUGGAAAGGAAAAGACAGAGAUGGUAUCUCGUGAACCAGAGCAUUACGUUCUUGUCAUAACGAGGCUUUCUGAUGAGAGAGGCGGUCGAUACGAACGCGUUGGCGUGGGAAGACUGCUGGGUGGACACAUAAUUCGUGAGCCACAGCUGACAGUAGACGUGCAAUAG